AUGGUCUAUUGCGGGAAGCCUUCAAAGGGGUGCCGGAAUUGUAGAGAGAGAAAGAUCAGAUGCGAUCAGGCAGUGCCGUCCUGCGGGCAAUGUACUAAAGCCAAUAAGGAGUGUCCAGGAUACCGGAAUCUACUCGACUUGGCUUUCCGGGAUGAAAGUAGUAGUGUAAUCAGGAAAGCCAAAGCCAAGGCUAGGAAGUCUUCGUCUCCUCCCGCUCUCCUACCCCCUCCUCGGGACUCGAAAGCCCCUCCUCAUGUGGAGCAGACAUCCACUCGUAUACACGCACCUGAGACUGAUCUUUCAGACGUUUCAACGGACACUAGCUCGUCGUUUGCCGGAGCACCCAUCAUCAACUGCCCUGAAGCACACGCCAACUCGAUCAUCUCAUUGACCAAUUCGGAUAAAAAUGAAGAAGCAGUCCAGUCAGCUCCAGCACCUCAUUUUUCUUUACUCCCAUCCGCAGAGGAGGUUGGCAUCAACUGCUUUUUUAGCAACUUUGUUCUAGAACCCUCAGGCCCUAGCCAUGGCCAUUUUUCUUAUAUUCCAGAGCUCUGUCGUCAGAGUGGACUGGACGGCGCAUUAACAGCCAGUAUGAAAGCUGCUGGCCUCGCCAUAUGUGCAAAUACUACCAAAUCACCUGAAUUAAUGAGACAAGCGCGGCAAGGAUAUGUGACCGCUCUUCGAAAGAUCAACUCCGCCCUUAGGUCUCCGAAAGAGGCAAUUCGUGAUACCAUACUACUUUCUAUCAUGGUCGUCAGUAUCUUCGAAAACUUAGCGGGCUCCAAUCGACUAUCUCUUAAGGCCUGGACAGAGCACAUAAAUGGAGCUACAGCUCUCCUAAUACUUCGGGGCCCCUCUCAACUCAGAACUGCCGCGGGAUAUGGUCUGUUCAUAAAUGUGAGCUCCCAGCUUCUCAUCAGUUGCGUUCUGCGAGAUAUCCCAAUGCCUCCCCAACUCAUGAAAUUGCGGCUCGAAGCUUUCAGCCUCCUUCCAUCCGACCCAGGAUUGCAAUUUGCGAAGAUAAUGGAUGAAUUUACAGCCUUUCGUGCAGCUAUCACAAACAGAACAUUAACAGACAACGAAGCCAUCAUCGCUCAGGCAUCGAUAUUUGACAGCAGAAUCGCGAGUAUCUUCGCAAAACCUCUAUCUGGAUGGCUUUAUGAGACGGUCCACACAGAUGCCGAUCCGGAGAUUAUCUGGAAUGGAGCCUACGAUAUUUACUACGACCAGUGGGUAGCACAGAUGUGGAAUUGGAUGCGAGCAUGUCGGAUCAUGAUCAAUGAAAUCAUAAGAUCCCGUCUCCUUCAAGGCUUUGAAUCCAUCCCUCCACGAUUCACGACCCCAGAAUACACCGCCAAAUUCCAGCACUCAACCGAAGUCCUCAUCAAUAUGCGUGAUGAUGUUCUCCGCAGUAUUCCCCAACACAUCGGAUACGUGACACGGAAACCCUUCCCCUAUCCCAUCUCACCUCCAUAUACCUCAUCUCCGGGCACCAUCUUCGGAGACGUCUUCAGCGAUACCUCAUUCAACGAAUUCCUGAACGGCAUUCCCAGCCCCCAAACGCCGAGUUCUCCCCCACGCAUGCAACCCGCCCCAGGAAUCGGCGGCUACCACCUGCUGUGGCCACUCCACGUAUGCGGCGUCUCGCAAGUCAGCACGCCCGCCGUCCACAAAUACGUUCUCCGUUGGAUGCGCUACGUCGGGGAUACGAUGGGUAUCAACUCACUAGCGAACAUCCUGGCGGCAACUCAGCUCAUGAAUGAGCAGAGGAUUCAGGGGCAGGGGCAGCAUCAGCCCUUAGAUCCGCUAGCGCCGGGAGAACAUAUGUACCAGUGA